AUGGAUAAAGCCCACUGCGAGGAAAAUAAAGGUCACCAGGAUAAUUGUGAUGAUCGUACGGGAGAUGUAUCGAAGAAGAGCUUUGGAUGGUUUCACAACAUUAGAUCAUAUGUAGCUCUACUCUUUACUUUGAUUGUUGUGGAAAGCGCUAUGUUUGCAUAUAUAGCGUCUGUCCUCACAACGCUUGAACGACGUUUCACUUCUCAGCAAGUAGGAAUUUUGAUAACUUCCAGUCAAGUGAGUACAUUGGUGUGCACUCCAUUUGUUGCCCAUUUUCUCGGCGGGCCAAACCACCACAGACCUCGAUGGGUGGCAGUGGGAACAUUGCUAUCAUGCCUUGGUAUCAUAUUGUGUGUACUACCUCAGUUCUUGUCCGAACCAUACGCAUAUGACCAAGCCAGCAACAAUACUGGUGGUGCGAGUGAGUUUGGCUUCUGUUCAACUGCUGCAAGUGAAAGUAAAGAGUUAAACGACGAUGAAAUUGAACAGCCGCAAGAAGGUCGUAUGGCAUUUAAUCUGUAUUUCUUGGGACGUAUGAUUUCUGGAAUUGGAGGGACAUUUUACAGUACCCUUGGUUAUUCUUAUGUUGACGACUUUUCGGGCAAGAAAUCAGCAUUUUAUAUAGGCAUAAUCGAAGCGUCAUGGGGCAUAGGUCUACCUCUUGGAUUUGGCGUCAUCAGCUCUGCUUGCCUCAGCAUAUACGUAGAUUUUUACCGUGUGGAUAUGAGCACAAUUGGUCUAACUGAUAAAGAUCCACGUUGGGUUGGAGCAUGGUGGUUAGGUGGAAUUGGCGGAGCUGUCGCACUGUUGUUGCUGUCCAUUCUGUUAUGUCUCUUCCCAAGAGAAAUGCCAGGAGGGCGGAAGGAGAUCCCCGAGUCGGAAAGCAGAUAUACCAAGAGCUCUGACGUUGCUUCAUAUAGCGGAAUGAACGUUUUACUCCACGGGAAAGAAAUACUGGUCAAUGCAUGGAACUUGUUGAAAAACCCUAUUUUUAUGUUAACUGUGAUUGCCUAUGCUAUCAACAAUCCAGUAGGCUUCGUAAUAUUCUUGCCGAAGUACUUCCAAAAAGAUCUGGGUUUCACAUUUAGUACUGGGAACCUAAUUAUAGGCUUUCUUUGGCUGUUUCCCAACUUUCCCGCUUGCCUUGUUUGUGGAUAUAUUAUAAAGCGACUGAAAUUAAAACUGAUUGGGUUGAUGAAAUGUUGCUUAAUAUUAGUUGGCGUCAUCGUUGUAUCUAAUGGUCUAGCCAUGGUGUUUCCGUGUGAAGGCCCUUAUUUGGAAAGAAGCAGGGAUAGCAGUCUAAUCACAGAAUGUAAUACAGACUGUAGCUGCAAAUUAGAUCAUUACCAACCUGUUUGUGGUUCAAAUGGCCUCAAUUAUUACUCGCCGUGUUAUGCAGGAUGUUCAGAAAGUAUUGGUCCUAAGAAUUACUCCAUGUGUGCAUGUAUUGAUGAAAUUAACUUGGAAAACACAUUUGCUGCCGAUGAGCUGUGUAUCGAACCAGAAUGUAACUAUAUUGCCGGAUUCCUGUUUUUCAUGGCAGUAUUCGCAAUAGCUAAUGCUACAAUUAGUCUUCCAGUUACUAUGGUUACCUUAAGGUGUGUUGACGAAAACAAGAAGUCAUAUUCUCUUGCAAUGAAGAGUACAAUUCGUAACCUUUUGUUGAUUCCGUACAGCAUUGUAGCUGGAAAUCUCAUCGACUCAACAUGUAUACUGUGGCGCGAGGAAGGAGGUGAACGCGGUGCAUGCGCACAAUAUGACAAUUACCUCUUCCGGGUGGUAUUCCUUGGAGCAAGCUGUGCCCUGAGUGGUGUGUCAUUGAUCAUGUUUUGUUUUACUCUGUUCCUCCUUAAACGCCGACAACAUGAUGAGGAAUAUGAUGUUCAAAUAGGAAUGACAAGUAUGACGAGUAAAGAAGGGCUCGACAACCCUACAUUUGCGACCGAAAAAAAAUGGUGUAACUAA